CAAAUUCGUUUUAAAUUAUUGGGAUUUUUGGAAAAGGGAUUCAGAUACUGCACCAUUGGUUUAUGAUGGGUGGAAUGCUAUUGAAAUUGAAGAAUACUUUGAAAAAAUGACUCUUGACCGUAUAUUUGAAGAAUUUGCUAAGUGUUAUGAUAGUAAACCUAGGAGUGUGUAUGCUCUAGAUGACGAUUACACCAUUGAAAAGGGUUUAGUGUUGCUUAAGAGUGAUGCGCAGUGUAAGAAAGUGUUUGAUUAUUUUGAGUGUCUUGGAGCAGAGGAGAUUCAACUAUUUGCUGACCAUGAAAGAGAUCCCCUUCCCCCUGUCACACUUUUACCAUUAUUUGAUGAGAAAAAAGAAGGUGAUCAAUUAGAGAAUAUCCAUGAUUUGGAGAUAGAAGAUGAGGGUGAGGCUGCUGAUUUAGGUGACAAUGAGCUAGUUGGGCAGGAUGUGGGUGAUCAUGGGAUACAAGUAGAGGAUGAUGGGGUAUGUGUUAAUGAAAUUGGUAGUGACAACGAAGGGGAGGAGCAUGAUCACACUUUUGCUGAUCCUUUGGGGGUUGGUUCUGACUCUGAUUCUAGUACAUACAGUGACAAUGAGUCAGAGAGUGAUGAAGAUAUAGUGAAUGAUGAGCGCAUGAUAGGAUCUGGAGAACAGGGAGAGCAAGGGAACUUUGCACUAGGCAUGACCUUUGCCGAGGCAAAGGAUUGUAGGGAGGCUUUGGCAAGAUAUUCAGUGACAUUUGGAUACAAGCUUAAGUUCAUGAAGAAUGAACCUAAGCGAGUUAGAGUUGUAUGCAUCAGUGAAAAGGACUGUCCCUUUAUAUUACUUGCAUCCAUGGAUGGGGAUAAAGAGGGUUUGAUCAUAAAAACUCUAGUGGCAGAGCACACUUGUGCAAGGCAAAGAGAAGUGCCUAGUGAUUCUCAAUCUUAUUUCGCAAAUUAUUUCAAGGAUGCAGUCUACAUGAAUCCUAAAUUCACUGCGAAGGAUAUGCAGGGACAUGUUAAAGAGCACCUGAAACUACAUGUGAGUAUGGGGAAGUGUAAGAGAGCAAAGAGAGCAAUAAUCACCAAGCUUGAAGGCAGUUACAAGCAAGAAUUCAACAUGUUGAUGGGUUAUAUUGAGAAAGUGAAGGAGACCAAUCCUGGUUCAAAGAUGGAGCUUCAGUUGAGCAAGGAUGAAUUGGCUAACGGUAGGAGGGUUUUUAAGAGACUGUUUGUUAUGUUUGAUGCUUGCAGGCAGAACUGGAAGGAGGGUUGUAGGCCCGUGAUUUCUUUGGAUGGUUGUCACCUUAAAUGUGUAACAUUUGGUUGCCUUCUAACUGCAGUUGAAAAAGAUGGCAAUGACGGUGUGAUUCCUAUUGCUUGGGCAAUAGUGAAUAAAGAAAACAAACACAAUUGGAGCUGGUUUGUGAGUUGGCUGAAACAAGAGCUCCAGCUUGGAGAUGGAUCAACUGUUACCAUAAUGAGUGAUAUGCAAAAGGGGUUGAUGGAAGUUGUGAAGAACCAAAUUCCAGAGGCAGAACACAGGUGGUGUGCACGGCACAUAUACUCCAACUGGAGUAAAAAAUGGAGGGGGGAGGAGCUGAAAAAAAGAUUUUGGAUGGCAGCAUAGAGCUCCUUUCAUGAGGAGUUCAAACUCAGCUUGGCCAAGAUAAGCUCCAUCAAAAAGAGUGCAGCUGAGGACCUCAUGCACUACCCUCCUCAGAAUUGGUGCCGUGCAUAUCAAUCAACCAAGUGCAGGACUUAUAUGGUGGACACUAACAUUUAUGAGUCCUUUAAUUCUAACAUAAUACAGGCUAGGCAUAAGCCAAUCAUAAGUAUGCUUGAAGACAUGAGAGUCUUAGCCAUGUCUAGGAUUAGGGAUAGAAAGGGGAGUGUUGCCUCUUGGAAAUGUGAUUGGUCUCCAAACUGCAUGAAGUUAUUUGAAAUUGCAAAAACUGAAUCUAUGUGUUGCAAUGUAAUAUGGAAUGGUGAGGAUGGGUACGAGAUAGGGGAAGGUAUGGACAAGCACACUGUUUCUCUGGAUAAAAAAAGUUGCACUUGUGAGAUUUGGGAACUAACAUGUAUUCCUUGAUGUCAUGCUCUGGCUGCCAUGUACUCUUCAUCUCUGGAUCCCAUGAGUGUGAUGUCCCACUGGUAUCACAAAUCAACAUUCAUGAAGUCAUAUGAACAUUCCAUCAAGCCUGUACCAGGUUUGAAGUUUUGGAAUGUUAGAGAAUCUGAUGCCAUAGAACCUCCACCUAUGAAGAAGAAAAUUGGGAGGCCGAAGAAGGUAAGAGUCAGAGCAAAAAAUGAGCCAAGGAAGAGCCACAAGCUAUCAAAGAUAGGAUAGAAACAACAUUGCAGCAUCUGCAAGAGUGAGAGCCACAAGAAGUAUAACUGCCCUAAAAGAGCAGUUCAGGAAACACAAGCUUCUAUUAACCCUGGAGUUGGCUUGUAUAUUAACCCUGAAAUUGGUAGGACAGUUCUACAUGGUGGCAGCUCACAAUCAGUUGUGAUAGAUGAGAGAACCCCCCGAGAUGCUGAUCCAAACACUAAAUUUGCAAUACCAAAUGAACUCGAGUUAAGGAAAAGAGAAAGCUACUUCAAACUGGUGGAGAGGGACAGAGUUCAAAAGCAAGGAAGAUUGCCUCCAAUCCAUUCAAGCCUCCAAGAGGCAAAGGAAAACAGGUGCAGGUUCAAGCAAUCCUCAGGAGGUCACCUCGAGGAAAAAAUGUGAAUUCAACUGCUGGAUCAACCAGUUGAAUUGGCAUUUUGGAUGCUUGAAAAAGUUGUGUUUUUUUUAUGGCUUCAACAAAAACUUGUGUUGGCAAGGAACAAAACCUUGUAUUUUUUUUUAAUGGUUUUUCUGUGUUAAAACUUGUUAUGCUUGGAUGUCAUCGAUCAGUCUAGACUUCAUGUGAUUGCUAUA